CAUCUCCCUCCUCCAUUCUCAGCCCUCUUUUUCUCCUCUUUUCCUUCCAACUCUCUCUCUCUCUCUCUUGUCUAGCUCUAUCGUCCAUCUUCCUUCUAUUCAUUUCUCCCUCAUUCAUCUCUCACCUCAACCGUCCACGGUCUAAAUCCUCAUCUAGUAUUCAUAUUCAUACCUCAAUCUUUACUCAGUAUGAGCUCCUCCCCCUCCUCGGGGGAAAUCCUCCUGGUCUCCCCCCAGCAGAGUUCCUCGCCCAAAAAGCGCAAAAUCACACCAUCCCCCGAAUCAUCCGCCUCCAAGAAAUUCCUCAUCAUAUCUCCUGUACACCAAGUGCAGCCGCAGCCCCUGACCGCCCCCUCGAGUUUCUCUCGUAGCCUGGCAUCGGAUCUCUUCCCCAAAGAUGGGGCAAUUAUCGAGCUACAGCGUCCUCUCUAUCAUUCUCACCACUCACAUCCGGAACCAGUUGGCGAACCCACAGAAACAACCCCAAAUUUGCCAGCCUCUCGCCAGAUCAUCUUCGAAUUUGAUUUGAGAAAAUCUCCUUCGAAAUUUUUCGAGCACAGCAGUAACAGAUACCUUCUCUCGGUCUUCCCUGGUGCGCAUCGAGUCGACUUUGACGAGAGAUUUCUCGUCUAUCACUUCAAAACUCUGCCGCCCAAACCCUGGCCCAAACAAGUCGCCGGCGUGCCAUGUUACCUCACCGACAACGAAAGUGACUUCGGCCCAAGCAUUCCCAUCCGCCGGCCGGGUCGCUCCAGAAUUGCGCUCUCCGAACACCUCGAUCUACGGGAUAAUGAACCAGCUGUCGAUCUUGUGUUCAAUCUUGUGAAAGACUUUUUUGCGCAUAUUUCAAUCCAAAUCACCGAAAUCCAAUACUGGGGAUAUGUCGUUAUCAUCGUUCUGGAAGCGGCAGGCGGUGUUGAUGACCUUCUUUCUAGGGUCCCUCGGUCCGUUGCUCAAUGCAACUGCUUCUAUCUCUAUGAAGAAGAAAUGUGCCGACCGAGGUCGCUCUCCGCGCUCCGAAUGAAAGCCGCCUCACCCAGGGCCGACCAAGUCGACAACUCGCAGUAUCAAAUUCUGAGGCCCGGGGUCAGCCUGAGCUCAGGGAAAGAUCUAGACAAAGACUUCGAGCGUUUGAGUUCUUCCGGCGUCCUCAUCAAGGACAAUCUUGGGGUCCAGUUCAUGACAGUUGCCGCCCAUGGGUUCCCUGGGUCUCCCCUUGGCGCCAAAGUCUAUCAUCCGAACCACGCCGGCAACAAGAUCGGCGAAGUUAUCAUGGGGCUCACGCACACCGACGUUGGCUUGGUCAGGCUCGAUCCAGGCGUAGAGUUUAUCAAUGAGCCAUUCGAAAAUACCAUCAUACCAACCCCUCCUUUCAAGUUUGCCGGUUUUUCUCGGGCGGCCGAAACCAGAGUCGGGGACAACAUCUUCCUUGACAGCCCCUUCUCGGGCUUUCUUGAAGGCACCAGAUCAUCACACUCACUUCUCUGUGUGCCAAGCGAUGACCCUCUGGAGCCAGAGCAAUUGUGGAUUCGUUGUCAAUGGCACUAUAUGGGACAAGGCUCGCACGAGGCGAUCGUCGACGGCGUAUGCGGUUCGGCGAUAUGGGACCGUAACCACAAGGUCGUCGGUUUUUUCAGAUACGCCCCCACCUCUGGAUUAUUUGUCGAUUAUAGUCUCAGCAUCGCUGCAGAUCAUCUCCUCGACAAAGGGUACUCCAUGGUGUAAUGCCGAAUAAAAUCUACGAUAGGGGAUGCGACGGGAAAGGAGAGGUGGCAAAACAUACCAUUACCCAGCAAGUUGUCACCGCAGUUCGGAAAGUCGGGUCUGCAGGAGUCAGCUGCCACCAGGGGGGUGGAGGUAGCUAGGGCGGCGAGAGUAAUGCUUCUAAUGCUGACCAUUGUGAUGUUGUCGGGUCGGGUUAUGGAUCGUUCAAUUACGUCUAGAGUCCGAGUGAGUCGCAGACCUCAAGGCUGAAGAGAUACGGAUCAGCUCAUUGAAACGGAAACGUGGUGCACCAAUUACGACUCAGGCAACUAGAAUGCAUAACCUACUCUCUACAGUGCAUCAUUGUUAGUAAUUGCCGUUACGAAGAUCAUGCCAGCCUGGAAGAUAUGGUGAAGAAGAGUGGGAUUCCAUGUUGGUAGAGAAGAGUUGUAUCAUUGAUAAUGGUCCAUGAUUUGGCAGCGAUUAUACUGUACCAGUGAAUGAUCUUCGCGGGAGACAUACUACUACCUCAAUAUUAAGGGCAAAGAAAAGAGUGUCACCACAGGUCAUCAAUAUCAAUCCCAUUUACCUCAUUCC